AUGCAUAACAUUUUAAGUAUAAAAUAUCUUAAAUUAGCAGAGGAAUUAAAAAAUAACAAUUUUAGUGAAAUAAAAUUAAACUUAAAAUGUAAUAAUUUAUGUGCGGAAAACAAAAAUGAAGUCAUUGAUUAUAAUAUAAUAGAAAAUUUUUGUAAUGCUUUAAAAAAUAAUAAAUCUUUUAAUGGAAUAAUAGACAUAUCUUAUAAUAAUUUAAACGAAAUAAAUUUAUUCAAUCUUAUAUGUAAUGUUAGUCAAAAUAAAAAAAUUGUAGGGUUAAAUGUUAAAGGCAAUAUAAUAACAAAAAUGAUAUUUAAAAAACUAUUGUUAAUUAUAGAAAGCAAUAAUAUUGAAUAUUUAAAUAUACAAAAUACACAAUUAAGCAAUCAAGAAAUUAGGAAUGUAAUUUUUUCUUCUUUGAAUAAUAAUAUAAAAAUAUUAAAAUUGCAUUUUUUAACUUUGCAAAAUUUUUUAUUUCUUAUUAAAUAUAUAAAAGAAAAUAACAAUUUGCAAAAAAUUCAUUUUUAUAUUUCCUAUAAUACUGAGGUUGCUAAUACUCUGAAUAUAAAAAAUGAAAAUGCCAUUCAAUCAUAUCCCCUUUAUAUACAUAAUUUGCGAAAAGCAUUCAAAGAAUUUUUACAGAUUAUUGAAAACAAAGUUAAUAUUAUAAAUGUUAAAUGUAAAACUGAUACUUGUGAUAUCGAAAUAAAAGAAAUGAUUAAUUACAUUACUCAUAUUUGCAAUAAACAUGUAAACAUACAAAACAAUGAUAAACAAAAUUCCCAAAAAGAAAUGGAAAUAAACUCAUUGGAAAAAGUAAAACUUUUAUUAUCAGACAUUAAUGGGAAAGAAAAGCAUAUUAAAAAAUUUGAAAAAGAAUUACCAAUUGUAUUUGAUAAAGAUAUUUUGGCAUUUAUCCAAAAAAUUUUACCAUAG